CAUACCUACAGACACACAACUGGCAGGGAAAACAGGAAAUUCCAGUAUUUAUUCAGCAGUUGUAGAUGAAGGCUGGCAGACGCCAACUGCACAUCAAUGAUGAAGAACAUACUAACAAGAGAAUUUGUUCUUCGGAACCUCAGCAUCUGCGGUUCAGUCAUCUUGAUGUUUACCUACAGCAUUUUGCUUGACAGGGACUUUGCAUGCACUUGCAAACCACAAGAAGGGGAGUGCGGUUUAUACAUGGCUCUGCCAGUUUUUGUCAUAUUUGUCUUGGUUGUCUGGACAGACAAGCCGUUAGGGAGACUGUGUAGAUACUGGUGCACAUCACUUUGCGGAUCCCGCUGUUCAGACUAUAGAACUCAGUGCAACUGUUGCAGCAGCUUGUGCUGUUUUUCCUUCCUUCACUUUGUCGAGGCCUUUUGUAUUGGUGCGCUGUGGGUUGUUUUUGUGUUACUGGAUGGAGACUGGUACGUCUGCUGUGAGAGCAGUCAGACAGAACAAACGGCACAUUUAGCCUGCAAAGACAAAACCAAGCUGACAGAAGAAGAAAGAAUAUCUAUUGCUGAACUGAAAAGCUGGUCCAGGGUUAUUGGCUCCAGUUUGGUCUUGGGUAUCGUUUGUCUGACAUUCAUUGUGUCAAAGUUUAGAUGCAGGAAGUGCUGUGGAAAAACUUCAAGUUGCUGUGAUGGAAAAGAUUUUUAUUACAACCUGAUUUUGGAAGAGGAGGAAAAAUCACUGGAAGAAACAUUUAGAAAGACGGCAAAAGAAAAGUUGACUGCAGAAAUCGAGCAAAAAAUAAAAGAAAGCCAGUGGGCAGAAUGUUUUGAUGCUGCUGAAAUACUGAUAAACAAUUUAAGAACAGGAGCAACAUCUGAUCCAGGAUCAGGCGGUCAGAACCAUGGCCCAUCGGAUAAAACUGCUUCAUUGGAGAUGGAGAACAUGGACUCAGAGACUACACCUUUGAUAGGGGGGCAGAAGAGACACUGACUCUGGAAAUGUUUAAUACAACACAAAGUAGCACAGAGUAAAGUUUUCCUACUGUUUCUCACUGGACCAGCUGUGGAAAACCUCGUUUCUCAGCUUUUGUUAAAUGUCCUGGCAGAUUUAAAGAAAUGUUUGACUGUGGCUUGUAAUUUUUGUGUUGAGGCUGCAGCCUUCACUUUCCACGGUGUGUGUGUGUGUGUGUGGGGUGGCCUUAAUGCCCUGGUUUGGUUGGAGGAAACGCUGCAAAGGAAAAUCAUGUGACAGAAGAGCUGUAUGUGAAUAACUCAUUUUUGAAGAGGAGGGGUUUGGUACUGAGACUGAGGACUAUUCAAAAUAAUAUAAUCUGUUUUAAAUUCAAGGCGUUGACAAUUUGUGUAAUUCUGAUGGUUUAGAUGUUAAAAUGGGAUUUUAUUUCUUGUAUUUUGAUCAGAUGUGAGAUUCUUGCAUUUUUAUCAGCCAUUAAAAUGAUUUGUUUUUGAGAAAAGAGAAGUAGAUGAAGGUGAAUCACAGCUGGUGGAGGCCAGUUAUGAGCAGUGGACUGAACCUGGGUGGAAAAAGAUACACAACGGUUCUGAAAAACAACACUUUGCAUGC